UCGCCUCAGUCGCUUGCCCUCCCGCUAUAAACACGAAAGCGUCUGUUCACUGUGUUCUCGUGUACCGUCAAUUUUUGUGCCAUAAUUCGCUUUACCUGUGCGUCAAUUCAUCAAAAAUGUCGGGUGUGAAGAGAAAAAUAAAUGGUGAAGCCAGUGGAAGUGCCAAGAAACGCCAGGCUAUAACUUUUCAGGUGAAAAUGGACAUCAUAAAGCGGUUUGAGAAAGGUGAAAAAAUGUCUGCUGUAGCACGAAAAUUUAAUAUGAAUCGGUCAACUGUAGGCACUAUUAUUAAGAACAAAGAAAAAAUAGUGGAACACAUGAAAAAUCCAGUGCCCAUGCAAUCAACCAUCAUAUCGAAAAAGAGAGGCAAAGUGAUUGAUGCGAUGGAAAGACGUCUCGGCGUCUGGUUCAGGGACUGCCUCCAAAAACAGAAACGUCUCUGCCUUAUGAUGAUUAAAGAGAAGGCCCUGAGUCUAUUCAAUGAACUGAAGGCUGAGUAUCGUGAGGACGUCACAUUCACUGCAAGUCAUGGGUGGUUUAACCGCUUCAAGGCGCGCAAUAACUUGCAAUGGAAGCCCGACUUUGGAUAUACGAACGACCAGCCUCUCGAUGAGGAUAAGGCUAAUGGAGAUACAGUAUGCACACCAGAAUCCAUGCAGGGUAGAGAUUCCUCCGGCAGUGAAUGGGAGAGAAGUGAUGGUGACAAUGAAUCGGAGAAGAAGGGUGAUUGUGGUGUGGCUGCCCUGGUUCUGUCUCCUGUAAACACCCAUAAGCGGAGAUUCAGAGUCAAACAAAUACCACUGGAUCACUACGCUGUUCCCUGUGAAAGCAGCCGCUGCCAUGUGCUGCAGCAGAGUGACUCCUCAAACAGAAAGGAGGAUAGAGAUGGCAAGGGGAAGUUGAAGAUAAAGGAUGAACCAGUGGAUGAAUGUGCAAUUGCAGAUGGCAACAUAUCAUUGGAGGAUAGCCAUCACUCACUCCAGAGCUGGGAAAAUAGUAGUGACCAGGAUGAAUUUGAGGUGAAGGAUGAACCAGUGGAUGACGAUUAUGAUUGUGGCUUUGAUUCUAAUGGCUUAAACAUUAAUGAGGAAGAGAUAUCCAGCUCACCCCAAAACACCAGUGCUUUCCUCAUACAACUGCAGCAUUCUGUACAAGAAGGAAACUAUACACCUGAUCAGGUUUUCAUUGUGAGCAAGACCGGCCUCUUUUGGAAACGUCUCCCUGGCCAGACAUUUAUUAGUAAGAAAGAGGAGUUAUCUUCAGGCUUUAAGGCCAGAAAUGACCGAUUCUCCCUUCUGCUAUGUGCAAAUGCUUCAGGGGACUCGAGACUAAAACCUUUCCUGGUCUAUCACGCUUGUAAGCUAAAGGAUCUGAAGAUAUCAUCAUUCCAGAUGUUGCCUGUCCACUGGAGGUACAACAGAAGAGCUUCUUUGACAGCCGUUUUGUUCGAAGACUGGUUUGCCAACUGUGCCAUCCCAGAAAUUUUAGCUUACUGUAAGCAGAAAAACAUUGAGGAAAGGGCCCUGAUACUAGUUGAUAGUGUUAUUGGUCAAUCUGACAUGGUCAAUGAAAUUCAUCCACAUAUAAAGGUUAUAUUCAUAUCAAGUGAUAUGUCUCCUUCCAUAGAGCCUCCAGAUCAUUUUGCCAUUACUCAGUUUCUACAGCUCUACACCAAGAGCCUCCUACAAAAUAUGCUCAUCUUCACAGAAGGUGGGGAUGAAAGUCAGGUUGAGGACUUUUUGAAAUCUUAUAGCAUCAAGGAGGCACUCUUUACCAUCAGAGACAGCUGGACAGCCAUUAAGAAUCCAUUUCUCAACAAAUUCUGGAGCAAUGUUUGGCCUGAUGAGACUCAAAAUUUCACUGGACACCCUAAUGCAUCGAGGGAAAUUCAAGAGAUUCAAGAUCUUGCAAACAGAAUUCCAGGUCAAGGUUUUACAGACAUCACUGUUGACGACAUUCACAAGCACCUAGAAUCACUUCAGGAAGAGUUAUCAACAGAGGAGUUGGCACAGAUGACCAAAGCAACUGAAGGAGAUGAUGAUGACCAGCAGGAUACUCCAAAAUGUUCUGUGCCACCAACAUCAGAGUUGGAGAGCAUUGUGAAGUUGCUCUACAAAACCGAAAGAAAAAUUAUAGAGACUGAAUGGAACCCUAAGAGACUAGAACAAAGUUUGCCUCAUCUCAGUAGUAUAAGGGCUAUGUAUAUAGAUAUAUUAAAGACAAGGAAGAAGAGGUAAUCUCAAUUUUAGGUUUAGAAAAUUGUAUUUAUUAUUAUAGAUAUUCUCUAUAAGGUUGAAAUAUGGAAGUAUUGUAUAAUGAAUUUAUAAUGCAUUUUCCAUACAAAUCACAGGACUACUUAUUUUGUAUAUGUAGAUAAAGACAUAUUUAUUUUUUCA